AGCAUGCUAGCAAUGCAUUGUUAUCCAUUGACAACAUCCUAAGCUCUGCUAUGCUCAAGUCUGUUACUCUGAUUCCUGCUGGUGUUCAAGACGUUUCGAUCGCGUACCAUACAACCGACUAAUGGCAAACACAGCACAGCACUUGCUCACAUGUGUCUGCGUCCACAAUCAUGAGUGGACAGCGAAUGGAUCUGCCAGCUAUGCACGGUCGGCUCUAAGAUGGGGCAUUACGCAUUCAGACAACGCCACUUUCUUUGUUCACAAUAAUCAUCUCGUCCGGAGAGGGAUCUUCAGCGAAUUCGCCAACGAGCAGGGAGUGUGGGAUGUUGGGAAACAUGCAGCAACGUACUUUUCGGACCAGGGAGGUGCGAUGUACCAGAAGACGAUGACGAAUCGGAAUGGCUUCAUCACGUCGAAGAUGGCACUUCCGACAGGCAUGAAGUACUCGAGGGCGUUUGCGGAUGUGCAGGCGCAAGAUGUCCAGAAUGGUUCGCAGUAUGUCGUACCCGUGACUAUCGGAAGUCCCGGAGUGACCUUGAAUUUGGAUUUCGACACAGGUAGCUCGGAUCUAUGGGUAUGGUCCUCCCAAAGUAGAGGCUCGAAGGCGAAUCGCAAGAUCUAUUCACCUUCACAUUCGAGAACCGCCCAACAUGCUCAAGGACUGACGUGGAACAUCAAGUACGCGGACGGAUCUGGUGCUCAGGGCGAUGUGUACUAUGACGCAGUUACCGUGCAAGGCGUGAAGGUGUCGAACCAGGCUGUCGAGGCUGCCACGAACCUCAGCGGUGCCUUCUUAGCCGAUUCACAAAGUGACGGAUUGUUCGGCCUGGCAUUCUCAAAGAUUAACACUGUGGCGCCCACGAAACAGAAGACGCCAUUCCAGAAUAUGCUUGAUCAGAAGCUAUUAGAUCGGCCUAUUUUCACCGUCAAGCUGGAUAAGGGAGAUAGCGGGGGAUUUUAUACCUUUGGGCAUGUCAAUAGCAGUGUGCUACCCCCUGGGGUGGACAUAUGGACCACCUAUGUCGAUCCCCGCAACGGCUGGUGGGAGUUUGAGAGUCGGGCGAUUAUGAUCGGCAAGCACGAGUUUCCUAGGCCACCAGGAAAUACGGCCAUUGCAGAUACAGGUACAACAUUGAUUUUACUAGACGAUGAGAUUGUUCACUCAAUCUAUUCGGCGGUCCGUGGAGCGGUGCUCAACCAUGCUGCUGGCGGCUGGAUCGUGCCUUCCAAUGCUACUUGUCCCGACAUCUACUUUGCGUGUGGAGAUCGCUACUUCGGCAUACCCGGCGAUGACUUGAAGUUCUCAUCCUCUUCAGCAAAAGGAUACAUGUUUGGAGCCAUUCAAAGCCGAGGGAGCAACAAGCAGGACAUCUUCGGGGAUGUUUUCUUGAAGCGCGUGUAUGCUCUAUUCGACGCACGAGGAGGUACCCCAAGGAUUGGGUUCGGACAGCGCGAUUUCUACCGGGCUUGAGUCUUUUGUCCGCCGCUCCAGUUCGUUCUUGCAUCUUUCCUUUUGGGCUCCUACUCCUAAGUAAUGUUUAAUGGGGGCUUUGAAGUGUAUGAUACCCGUGUUGGAAAUAGACGCGACCGAUAUUUAAUC